CUUUUAAUGAAACGCAAAACAACCGUACAACUGUUAGCAAUUAUUGUAUCUUUCUUUUUCUUUUACGAUGAUUUAAGAAAUGUCUGCACAAGUGACGACGGUUGGGGUUUUUUGGUUGUGUAAUUUGAAUGUAUUGGAUUACGGCGAAAUGUGUAAAAAGAGUGUGACUAGUGUCCACUUCUCGAAGAAGUUGACACUGGCUCGAUGGACUGCCGACUGCGACAAUCAAAGGCACGGUUGAUCAGCUGUACAAAGGUGUAAAACCUCUUGUAUCUUGAUCAUUUUGGUGAGAAAUGUCAACCUUAGAAGAAAUCAUGAACAUGGACCAAAGCAUGCCCUAUGACAAGUCUGCAAGGGGCAGAGUUGUGUUUGCAAGCAGUCCAGAGACAUAUACUAAUGCCAAUGGUGAGACAAAGCAGUCAAAGUCUGUUGCUAUAGCAGAUGACAAAAAAACUGUGAAAGUUGUGUCGUAUGACCCAACCCAAUUCAACAAACUUAUUGAAGGUAAAACAAUAAUGUUGAGAAAUUUCAUCCGAAGGGAUGGGUAUAUCAUUCUAACCCGAACAUCUAGACUGUUCCCAACACAAGAAAUUGAAGUCCCUAACAGCAGAGUACAAGAGGGUAAGGCUCUUGUCAAUCCACCAGCGGCUCCUAUGGUUUCAUUGAGAGAAGCACUAAGGUCACCUCCAAAAACCAAAACAACUGUUUGCGGGAAAGUCAUUCAGGAUGAAGAAGAGCGCGACAUCCUGGUAGGAAAGUCGAAAAGUCCGACAAAGAUGAGAACAAUUUACAUACAGGAUGAAACGGUGGACAGAGUAAAAGUGGCUUUGUGGAGAAACACUAACAAAAACGUCAGAACUGGGGAUUUCGUCAAAAUCACUUAUUUGACAAUACACACUUACCAAACAAAGUACACAACUGAAACCAGCUUCAAUUCUACCUACACAACUUCAGUUACUAAAGUCGAACCACCAACUGUACAUGUGACACUUACAGUUAUUAGUGCCUGUGCACAAGAUGACGUUACAGAACUUCUCCUCAGUGAUGACUCUGUGAGGGCAAUUCCUUCACAAUUAUUAAUGGCUGCCCUUCCACAAGAACUUGAAGAAGUAUUGGAUCCAGAAUCUUUCUUUGCAGAGCGAAAAACAAACUUAAGGCUGCAAUUAAAAGGAUCGGAAGUACUUUCAGUGAAACUUCAGUAAACUGUUAUACAUAUACAUGACAUUAUUCAGCAUUCCUAGUUUACCAUGUUUUCCCUAGUGUUUUUUUUUAUAAAUCUUCUACUUUUUCAUACAUUUUACAACAAGCUCCUACUUCUCCUAGUUAUGCCCCCCUUCAAAGAAGGGGGAUAUUGCUUUGCACAUGUUGGUGUGUUGGUCUGUCCGUCCGUCCACCACACUCAAGAACGCUUAGGCCUAGGAUCAUGAAACUUCAUACGUACAUUGAUCAUGACUGGCAGAUGACCAACUAUUGAUUUUGAGGUCAAUGGUCACAGGUGAAGGUCAUAGUGACUGGAAAUAGGAAAAUGGUUUUUAAAUGAUAACUCCAGAAUGCUUACGCCUAGGAUCAUGAAACUUAAUAGGGACAUUGGUCAUGACCAGCAGAUGACCCCAACUGAUUUUCAGGUCAAUAGGUCAAAGGUCAAGGUCACAGUGACCUGAAACAGUAAAAUGGUUGAAUGGAAAUAGCAAAAUGGUUUCCAAAUGAUAACUCAAGAAAGCUUUGCCUUAUGCCUGGGAUCAUGAAACUUCAUAGGGGCAUUGAUCAUAACUGGCAGAUGACUCUUAUUGAUUUUCAGGUCACUAAAUCAAAGGUCACAGUGAAACGAGACAGUAAAGUGGUUUACUGGAAAUAGGAAAAUGGUUUCCAGAUGAUAACUCAAGAAGGCUUACGCCUGGUAUCAUGAAACCAUCACCACCUCCACCACCACCUCAGUGACAAAAAACGUAUUCACACAAUAGCUGCCAUUACAACUGACAGCCCAUAUGGGGGGCUUGCAUUUUUUAUAAACAGCCCUUGUUCUUUUUCAAGUAACAAGUCUUAAAAACUUUUAAUGGGCAAAAAAAUAAUUUGAUUUUGUUAAUUUGAUGUCACCUGGAUAUGUAUACAUGUAUUCAUAGGGUUUUAAAUAUAGUUGUGUUUGCUGUAGGUAUAAUUUCUUGAUUUUGACAUUUGCAAAGAUUGCCAAUACACAACAUGAAGAAGUGAUUAGGCAAAAUUAUUUUUACAAUACUUGAGGCUGGACCCUACACAUUCAGUUUAAUUGGGUCUAGCCACUCAUUAGUUAUCAAUAAGAAAGCAGGGAAAUUUAAUAUUUGAGUUUCAUCUACAGAUCAUGUGAUGUAGCAUUUAUAGGUACAGGAAAAGACUCGACCUUGUAUAAAUGCAAAGGAUCUUUCAGUUAUAAAAUUAGAAGUUAUAAAAUUAAAAACAAGCUUGAUCUUGUAAACAGAAAAUCAUUCAUUGAGUACACGACUUUCCAUUGAUUAAAUCUGGAACUCCUAACUUAAAUUCUUCUAAUUCAUCAUGUAUGCUACUGGUUUCUCUUAUAUGAUCCAUAAGAAUACUUGUAACAUAAUCAAUGACUUGGUGCAUAUUUGAGGAUGUUGAUUGCAAUCCGCAGUCAAUAAAUUUGUUUGGUAGCAUGUUAUAUUUAAUACCUGACAUACAGUUGUCCAUUCUUAUAAAUGGUUAGUUUAUUCAUGUGAUCAGCAAGAAAAUUGACAUGAUCCAUUGUUGUAGUGCCGAAAAGUCCUUUUGAAAGUUUAUGAAAAGCAAAAGUGCACUUUUACUUCUAGAUUAGAUUAUGGUUGAUUAAAGAAUAAGGCUCAAUACUCAAAUUGUACACUUGUAUUUUGCUCCUCUUCAUUUCUGAGGCUGUUUAUUCGAUUCAUCAUGUGAGAUAACAUGUGACACGAUUGAUUGUUCACUUAACAAGCUGGAAGUGCAGACACAUCAAAUUAUUUUGUGUUCCCUUCAAUUAAAGCAUGAUGUCUAUUUAUUAAAAGGGUGUUAUUUUCAACUGCUAAUAUGUAAAGGUGAUUUUCCUGUAAAAGACUAUUUUUCGUCUUAACCAUUUGAAAAUUUAAGAGCGUUUGCCUUUGUUAUUUAGCCCUUUUACAUUUACAAUACAUAUGUUAAUAUUCAUUCAAAAGACAGAGAAUUACAUGAUACUAUUCUUGUUCCAAACAUUUAAAAAUCAUUUUGUAGAACUAGAUUAUUAGUUAAUACUUCAUUAUGCAAAGUUAUAUUAAGCUUUGAUGUUUAAAACCAUCAACUUCCAUGUUCUACAAGUUGUUAAUGCAUUGUGUUCAUUAAAUUCAUCUCAGCACUAAAUACUUGUUCAUUUUUAUGCCCCCCUUCGAAGAAGAGGGGGUAUAUUGCUUUACUCAUGUCGGUCGGUAUGUCGGUCUGUUGGUCUGUCGGUCCAUCCACCAGGUGGUUGUCAGAUGAUAACUCAAGAACGCUUGAUAGGUUCAUUGAUCAUGAC